AAUUUCCUUAUAAGUUCUCGUAUUUCUAUUAAACUAUUUUGGCUCCCAUAUUUCAUAAUAACAAAACUAUUAUUUGUAUGACAGAGAAGAAAUGGUUUUAUCUACACUUUUGACAUAAGACACACAUACUUGGCUAUAUAUAUACACCUAAGCACACAAAAGAAAACCAGACCAAUCACUACUCUCAAUACGUUUUAACCUCGAACCAAUUAAUUCUCUCCGAUCAUGCCGACCAGAAACAUCGCCAUCGGCGGAGUCCAAGAAGAAGUGACUCACCCCAGCGCACUUAGGGCGGCCCUCGCUGAGUUUAUCUCGACUUUGAUCUUCGUCUUCGCCGGCUCAGGCUCAGGAAUCGCUUUCAACAAGCUCACUGACAAUGGAGCCACCACUCCUUCAGGCCUUGUCGCCGCUGCCUUAGCUCAUGCUUUCGGUCUCUUCGUCGCUGUUUCUGUCGGUGCCAACAUCUCCGGUGGACACGUUAACCCUGCCGUUACCUUCGGUGCCUUCCUCGGUGGAAACAUCACUCUCCUCCGUGGUCUCCUCUACUGGAUUGCUCAGCUUCUUGGCUCAGUCGUCGCUUGCUUCCUCCUUCAGUUCGCCACCGGUGGCUUGGCAGUUCCAGCGUUCGGUCUCUCGGCAGGAGUUGGAACCUUAAACGGUCUCGUCUUCGAGAUCGUGAUGACCUUCGGGCUUGUCUACACCGUCUACGCCACAGCCAUCGACCCCAAAAACGGUAGCCUCGGAACUAUCGCACCCAUCGCCAUUGGUUUCAUCGUCGGAGCUAACAUCCUCGCUGGUGGAGCUUUCAGCGGAGCCUCCAUGAACCCAGCCGUCGCUUUCGGACCAGCCGUCGUGAGCUGGUCAUGGAGUAACCACUGGAUUUACUGGGUUGGUCCUCUUGUCGGUGGUGGACUCGCCGGAAUCAUCUACGACUUUGUUUACAUCAUCGAAAACGGUCACGAGCAAUUGCCCACCACUGAUUACUGAAGACGCUGAAAAUUACUGUUGUAAUAUGAUUUGUUUUUAUUUCGCAUCGUAAUUGAAUUUCUAUGUGGCCGUUGGAUCUUCUUUUUAGAUGAAUCCUUGUCCGUUGAUGUAUGUUUGUAUUUGGGUUUGUUGUUGGAGUUGUAAUUUUCCUUGAAGGCUUUUUAGACGAAUGUGAAUUAUGCAUGCUUCUACGUUAUAUUUUCUUCUUGA